AUUAAUUUCCUCCCCUACUUUAUCGACCUUCCUAUCAAUUCCUGUCGUUUAUCGACUUUUGGUUUGUCGCACAUUUGAGCGAUCGUGUCUCAUACUUCUUUCUCACCUCAAGCGAUCGCGUCUGAUUUUAGUCUUGCGCUUUCGGGAGCUUUGGUCGGUGACGUCUUAUCCAACCUUGAACGUUUUCCGGACGAAGACGCGCCUGCAACGUGGCCGACGUCCCGGCGUCGCAAUCAGUUUCCCACUAUCCUCAGAACGACCGUUCUAUUCCUACCGAGUCUGCCUUCCACUUAUCAUCGUUGAGGCAAGAUAUUCAUCAUGGUGCGCUCGCUGCCAAAGAAGAACAACCCGCUCGUCAUUCCCGACGCGGCACCUGCCUAUGAAGAACUGCUCACGCGCCGCCGAUUGGGAAAGACCAAUCUUGCCGUGAAGCCCACCCAAAUUGGCACCUCAAAUGCGACUAAGCCGGAAAACCUUGGGCCAUUUGAGUAUGCUCAUUUGCGCGCACCUCUACCUAAGGAUUUGAAGGGGUCUGAGAUUUUCCCGUCACACUCUCCCCAACAACAUCCAGAGACAUAUUUUCUGAUGCGACGGAGCAAAGAUGGUUUUGUAAGUGCGACUGGGAUGUUUAAAAUUGCCUUCCCUUGGGCCAAGCUGGACGAAGAGCGAUCGGAGCGCGAAUAUCUCAAGGCGCGGGAAGGAACCAGUGAAGACGAAAUCGCCGGAAAUGUUUGGAUUUCCCCAGUACUAGCACUUGAGCUGGCGGCGGAAUACAAAAUGUACGACUGGGUCCGCGCCCUGCUUGAUCCCACAGAUAUUAUCCAGAGCCCAUCUAGCGCAAAGAAGCAGAUUACGCCUCCGCCUAAAUUCGAUCUGCCACCAAUCCAAGCCCCAGAAGCGCUCGCCCCUUCGUCUCGUUCGAGAAGCCGUCGAUCCGCUUCCCCUAGCAAGAAGGCUGGCACGCCGCGCAAGACUAGGCAGACUAAAGCGCAGAAAGAGGCCGCCACAGCUGCCACUAACGAAGCUAAUGCGACGCUCCAGAGUGCCCUGGAUGACUCAGUUUCAAAUGCGGAUGGUGAAGUAAAUGGAGAGGUCUUGCCCAGUGUGGAAGAAAUUAGGGAAGAGGUGGAAGUUUCGCCUGUUAAGGGAAAGAAGACCACAGCGAAGACGAAGAGAAACGCUGCUCGAGAGGAGGACGAGGAAGAUAAGGUCAAGAUUGAUAUCAAGUCCGAUGCUUCUGAAGGAACUGGUGUUCAAACGGCUCAGACCACCAUCUCUGUCGAAAUGCCUAUUUCCCUGCCAGAGGCUCCUUCCGCCGAAGAGACCCAAGAGAUGAUCGCACAGGCCAAGGAAAUGGUCAAGGAGGCCGUUAAGGGACCCGCGGAAUCAUCGGCAGCCGCCAAGAAGCGUGGUGCCGACGAAGCAGAACUUAGCGAGGAGGAAGAUGAUGAGACCAAGAAAUUACGGACGAAGCGCGCGAAGGUUCUUGAGGAGAAGCUGAAACGCGAGCGAGUCCGUAACCGUGCUUUGGUCGGUGUCACCGCGGCAUUUGCCUUAGCUGCCUCAAUUCCUUAUUUCUUCUAGAUUACCCGCCUCUACGCUGCUAUGCAUCGCCCUGAGUUGGUGACGUGGCCGCUCAAGGAUGCAUCAGGUAGCUAUUAUUGAACAACCAAGUCAUGAACCCAUUCCCCGAUUCCCCCGAUUUGAUCACUGCCUUUCGCCGCUUGGUUCUGGAUUAUCCACCUUUCCCCCUUCGCCUUCCCCUUCCACCCUCCCAUACCCGAGUUGAAGCUUUGACUGGAGUUGUAUAAAGCCCACUCUGGUAACACACGGUUCUUGAUUUGCACAUCCCAGAAGAGCAGUGAUUGCCAGAAAUUUGUGGUCCUGGAGAUCGAAACAUUCCAUUCCUUUGCAUGUACGAUCUCUUGAG